UUGAGCUGCGCUUGGACGCGGCUGCUCGAAUUCCCAAUUUCAAUCUAUCGCGAAUGCACGCACAAUUACGAAGAAAACUGCAAGUGGGAAAUUCUGUCUGCACUAAGACAGUGUGGAAGGAUUUCUAGUUUUAUGAUUUUGUAUAUCAACACGACACCUUUAUGCACAAUAAUUUUCAAAAAGAGAAUACCUUAGGACAGUUUGCAGAUACUGUGUCUUGUCCAGUUGGAGCGCAGGUGGAAUUAGUGAUCGUCUUAAGGGUCACGCAGUGAGGCACAGGAUGGAGCCUUGAGGUGUAAAGUCGUCAGAAUCUGCACUGCGCUUAUAAACUCUCUGGACGACCCGUAACUAUUAAGUCGAGGCGAGACGUCGGGGCUGAGGACCGUCUCGCCAUGAAGCACCGGAAUCGAAUGAAGAGGACGGGGACGACAGUUUAAUAAAUCGUGCCUCAGGGACCGUGGAGUCACUUUAUAACGGAGCACGUGCUGACAUGAACGAGACGUGCGGAGACCGGGGCCCUCCUGAAGGUACCGAGGUGAUGGUCCACACCGCCUUGGAUGCUUUGGCCUUUUACAGUGAGAACGAAGACAGAAGUGCAGGCCCAGAAGUUUGGAAAACUGAAGACUUUACCGAGCAACCUCAUGGAGACGUUAAGGAUGAAGACACCCAAGUGGAUAUAGCUGGGGUUUCAGAGGAUUGUGUGAAGCAGGAGCCAAUCGGUUUCAAGAAUGAGGAGGAACUCAGAAUUAAAGUGGAGGUUAUGGAAAUGGAACUUUCAUCAGGUAUUAGAAAUGAGCAGUCUGCAGGUGAAGAUCUAACAAAUGACCACCAAGUUAGGGAGAGCCACUUGGGAUGGACUUUGGAGUGCAGUCAGUCAUUAUCUCAGCAAGAGCGUGAGUCUGAAAAUCAGCCACUGAAUGAUGAGAUAUUAGGAACUGAGUCAGAAGAGAAAACGAACGAUGAAGAGCAGGAACAGGAGCAAACUGUAAAGGAUCAGCACACCUCGGAAGAAAAUUCAAAGACUUUCAGCAAAACGCAACAGAAGAGUCACGCAGGAAAAAAAUCCAAUCAGUGUACCGAAUGUGGGAAGACGUUCACCAUGGCCUCAAGCCUGAAGGAUCACCAAAGAAUUCACACAGGAGAAAGACCCUACGAAUGCACCGAAUGCGGCAAGACUUUCAGCAGGACGUCCAACCUUAAAGCGCACCAGCGCAUUCACACGGGAGAAACGCCGUACCAGUGUACCGAGUGUGGGAAACUCUUCAGGUGGCUACUGCAGCUUAGAACACAUCAACGAAUUCACACAGGAGAAACUCCGUGGCAGGGUUCAGAGUUCGAAUAUCCUGAAGCCUCCUCCCAGGAUACAGAAGGAACGUCUCAUCUGGCCUCCGAGCCAGAGACUGAGCCUGCACGACCACUUGGAGAUUCUGUCAUUUUCAAAACAGAUCCAGGACUCCAUGAUCAAAUUCCUGGUUACAUUAAACAAGAAGACAUUCCGUUGUUAUCUUCUGGGGAAACAGACUGUGGAAUGAGCCUGAUAUUGACCCACGUUAAGGAGGAGGACAAGUUCAUCCCGGUUAAAGAGGAAACCUUAGAGCUGGAACGUUCUUCCACUCAUAAAGAAAUGGUCGCCUUGGUAUCAUUGACUGACUUGGUACUAAAGGACACAGUCACCAUCUGUAAAGUUAAAGAGAGCAGCCUAAGAGAGGUGGUGCAGAAAAAGGCUUCUGGGUCUGAAGGUGAAGGUGAAAGCGCAGAUGAGGAGAAACCAAAAAUGAAUUUCUGGAAUAGGGAAAAGUCCCAAGUUAGUUGUGAGAUUCAGAUUCCUGAUGAAACGUCAGAGAAAUGUAAUAAACUACCGCAUCAUGAAAUACAUCAGAAUCUUCACAGCGAAGACAAACCACAUCAGUGCACCGAAUGUGGAAAGAGCUUCAAAGUGGCCAAAAGCCUUCGAUAUCACUUGAAGAUUCACACGGGAGAAAAGCCUUACCAGUGUAAGGAGUGUGGAAAGAGUUUCAUACUGGGUACAAACCUUAGAUACCACAUGAGAAACCACACGGGAGAAAAGCCUUACCAAUGUACUGAAUGUGGGAAGAAUUUCAAACUGGGCACAAGCCUUAGGUGUCACAUGAGAAAACACACGGGAGAAAAACCCUACCAGUGUAGCGAAUGUGGAAAGAGUUUCAAACUGGAUUCCGGCCUUAGGUACCACAUGAGAAUUCACACGGGAGAAAAACCGUACCAGUGUGACCUGUGCGGAAAGAGUUUCAAUCACAGGACACACCUUAUCCACCACCAGAGAACUCACACGGGAGAGAAACCUUACCAGUGCACCGACUGCAACAAGGCCUUCAACCGGCGAAUGCACCUCAUCCAUCAUCAGAGAGUUCACACAGGGGAAAAUCCUUACCAGUGUACUGAAUGCGGAAAGAGUUUCAAACAGGCGGCAUUCCUUAAAUAUCACCAGAGGGUUCACACUGGAGAAAAACUCUAUGAGUGCCACGAAUGUGGAAAAACGUUCAUCUGGAGUGCGUAUUUUAGACGUCACCUCAUAAUUCACACAGGCGAAAAACCAUACCAGUGCAACGAAUGUGGGAAGAGUUUCACAGACAGAGCAAAUCUGAGCCGACACCAAAAAGUCCACAGAGGAGAAAAACCUUAUCAAUGCAACGAAUGUGGGAAGAGCUUCAAACAGAAAUCAUACCUCAAACAACACCAGGCAUUCCACACGGAAGAGAAACCCUUCCAGUGUAAGGAAUGUGGAAAGUGUUUUAAAGUAAGGUCAUACCUCAGACAGCACCAGACAUUCCACACCUGUGACAAAAUGUACCGAUGUGACGAAUGUGGAAAGACUUUCAGACAGGCUGCAAACCUCAGAGUUCACCAGAGAAUUCACACUGGAGAAAAACCUUUCCGGUGUGAGGUAUGUGGAAAGGCGUAUGGCCAGUUCAUAGAUCUUAAACGACACCAGGGAUCUCACACAGGAGAAAAACUGUACCCGUGUACAGAGUGCCCAAAGUCGUAUAGUCGAAAUGAUAAGCUAAUACAACACAUGAGAAUUCACUCUGGAGAAAAACCGUAUCAAUGCACCGAAUGUGGAAAGACUUUCGUCGUAGCUGCAAACCUUAAAUACCAUCAAAGGCUUCACACAGGAGACAAAGCGUAUCAGUGUAACGAAUGUGGCAAACUCUUCCCCCACCUGUCACAACUGAAACUUCACCAGCGAGUCCACACGGGAGAAAAACCAUACCAGUGUGCAGUUUGUGGAAAGACGUUCAGCCAGGCUAACGGGCUAAGACAGCACCAGAGGGUUCACACUGGAGAGAAACCAUAUCGAUGUACUGAAUGUGGGAAGGCCUUUAGCCAGACUGCCAAUCUACGGCAACACCAGAGGAUUCACACAGGAGAAAAACCGUACCAGUGCAAUGAAUGUGGAAGGAUGUUCAGCCAAGCAACAAAUCUCCAUUGCCACCGGAGAAUUCACACAAGAGAAAAGAGGUCUAGGCGGAGGGAAGGACAAGGGCUUCCUGAAGGAAUGAGCAGGAGGAGUGGACUGAGAUCUUCAGACUCAAACAGUGUGAAUCAUGAACAAGCAGGCCAUCAGGCAGUCACUGUCAAGGAAGAAAAAGUCAGCGUUAAAGAGGAGGAACCAGAAAUGGAAAUUUCUUCUCCUCUUAUAGACAAUGCCAAUGAAGAUAGGGGGACUGAUCAACAAUUCAAAGAAAACCAUUGUGGGGGUAUGUUAGUGGGUUGUGGAUCCUCCCCCACACCUCAGCAGGACUGUGAACCUGGAGGUGAGAAUGCAAUCAAAGAUGGAGUCAAAGAAAAUUUGGAUGAGACGCCUGUCUCCGAUGACGGCUCACAAGAGAGUGACAAAAUUGCUUCUGGAGAAAAAACAUACGAGUGCCGUGAAUGUGGAAAGUCUUUCAGCCGGAACUUCCACCUGAUACAACACGAAAGAAUUCACAAAGAAGAAAAACCGUACCAGUGUGGUGACUGCGAAAAAACGUUUAGCCAGAAAGCCAACCUCCAGCGGCACCAGAGAAUUCACACGGGCGAAAAACCGUACUCGUGUCCUCUGUGUGGAAAGUCCUUCAGCCAAAAUAUAGACCUCAGACGCCACCAGAGGACUCACACUGGUGAAAAACCGUACCAGUGCACCGAGUGUGGGAAGGCCUUCAGUCAGUUUGUGAACUUGAGGUUUCACCAGAGGAUUCACACCGGAGAGAAACCGUACCAGUGUGCUGAAUGUGGAAAGGCCUUCGAGACAGUUUCGAAACGCAAGGCCCACCAGAGGAUUCACACUGGAGAAAAACCGUACCGGUGUGAUGUAUGUGGAAAGGCUUACAGCCAAUUCAUAGAUCUUAAACGACAUCAGGGAUCUCACACGGGAGAAAAACUGUACCCAUGUACUGUGUGCUCAAAGUCCUACACUCGGAAUGAUAAACUAAUACAGCACAUGAGGAUUCACAACGACCAAAAGCCGUAUCGAUGUAAUGAUUGCGGGAAGACUUUCGUCGUAGCUGCAAAUCUUAGAUACCAUCAAAGACUCCAUACGGGAGAUAAAGCUUUUCAGUGUAAUGAAUGUGGAAAACUCUUUCCGCACCUCUCGCAGUUGAAACUUCAUCAGCGAGUCCACACGGGAGAGAAACCAUACCAGUGUGGGGUUUGUGGAAAGCAUUUCAGCCAGGCCAACUGUCUGAGACAACACCAGAGGAUUCACACGGGAGAAAAACCCUACCAGUGUACUGAGUGUGGGAAGACAUUUACCCAGACCGCCAAUCUUCGGCAACACCGGAGAACUCACACGGGAGAAAAACCAUACAAGUGUUCUCUGUGCGGGAAGGCGUUCAGCCAAAAUAUAGACCUCCGACGCCACCAGAGGACUCACACUGGUGAAAAACCGUACCAGUGCAGUGAUUGCGGGAAGGCCUUUGGUCGCUAUGUAAACCUGAAGGUCCACCAGAGGAUUCAUACUGGAGAGAAGCCAUACCAGUGCACAGAAUGCGGAAGGAGGUUUAGCCAAGCAACAAAUCUUCACUGCCACCUGAGAAUUCACACGAGAGAAAAGAGGUCCAGACAGAGGGAAGGACAAGGGCCUCCUCAAGGUGCUGAGGGAACAGCUAACUUUGGCCUGGACAUCCUCAGGUUGUGUGGAUUAAAUGCGGUGGGAGCUGCAGGCUCCAGCAUUGUGAAGACUGAACAGGGAGACCCUCAACUGGUCCUCAUCAAGCAGGAAGACAUCAGCAUUAAAGAAGAGGUUUCAGAAAUGGAACUCUCAUCAAUUUUUAAUUGGCCGCUUUUUACUGAAGGUGCUAACGAAGGAAGGAUGGCUGAUUUUGGCUGGACUUUUCUGGGUGGCCCAUCCUCCUCCUCCUCCUCUUCCUUCCUGCCUCCACAGCUCUGUGGGCCUGGAGAUGAAAAUGAUACUAAAGAAGGACUCCUACAGAAACUGUGCAUGGACAGCUCUCUCCAAAACAAUAUGCAUCAGAAAAUUCCUCCAGGAGAAAAAAUAUAUGAAUGCCGUGAAUGUGGAAAGUCUUUCGGGCGGAACUCCUACCUUAUACAACACGAGAGAAUUCACAGAGAAGAAAAACCGUACCAGUGUGGUGACUGCGACAAGUCAUUUAGCCAGAAAGCCAACCUCCAGCGCCACCGGAGAACUCACACUGGAGAAAAACCGUAUCAUUGUCUUCUGUGUGGAAAAUCCUUCAGCCAAAAUAUAGACCUCAGGCGCCACCAGCGGAUUCACACUGGUGAAAAACCGUACCAGUGCAGCGAGUGUGGAAAGGCCUUCAGUCAGUUUGCGAAUCUUAGGGUUCACCAGAGGAUUCACACCGGAGAAAAGCCUUUCCAGUGUGGUGAAUGUGGAAAGUGUUUCGAGACCGAUUCAAAAUGUAAAGCCCACCAGAGAAUUCACACUGGAGAAAAGCCAUUCCGGUGUGAGGUAUGUGGAAAGACUUACAGCCAAUUCAUCGAUCUUAGACGGCACCAGGGAUCUCACACGGGAGAAAAACUGUACCCAUGCACUUUGUGCCCAAAGUCAUAUACUCGAAAUGACAAACUGAUACAACACAUGAGGAUUCACACCGGAGAAAAACCGUUUCAGUGUACAGAUUGUGGAAAGAAUUUCAGUGUAGCUGCGAACCUUAGAUACCAUCAAAGACUCCACACAGGAGAAAAAGCCUAUCAGUGUAAUGAAUGUGGAAAACUGUUUGUGCACAUGUCACAGUUCAAGCUCCACCAGCGAGUCCACACGGGAGAAAAGCCGUACCGAUGUACUGCAUGUGGGAAGACGUUUAGCCAGACUGCUAAUCUACGUCAGCACCAGAGGACUCACACGGGGGAAAAACCAUACAAAUGUUCUCAGUGCGAGAAGGCCUUCAGCCAAAAUAUAGACCUCAGGCGCCACCAAAGGACUCACACUGGAGAAAAACCGUACCAGUGCUCAGAGUGCGGAAAGGCUUUUGGUCAUUAUGUGAACCUGAGGGUUCACCAGAGGAUUCACACCGGAGAAAAACCUUACCAAUGUACAGAGUGUGGAAGGAGGUUUAGCCAAGCAACAAAUCUCCACUGCCACAUGAGAAUUCACACGAGAGAAAAGCGGUCCAGGCGGAGGGAAGGAAGAGGGCCUUCUGAAGGAAUGGGCAGAAGGAAUGGGCUGAGGUCUGGAGAUUCCAGCAUUGUGAAGACUGAGCAGGGAGGCCAUCAACUGGCCUUCAUCAAGGAAGAGAAUUUCAGCAUUAAAGAGGAGGAUUCAGAAAUGGAAAUUUCUUCUGCUGCUAAGGGGCAGGUUCGUGGUGAUUGUGCCGAUAAGGAAGGCAUCCCAUCUUCCUCCUCACCUCAGCAGAACUGUGGGCCUGGAGAUGAGAACACAGAUGAUGACGGAGUCCACCAGAAAGCUCCUUCUGGAGAAAAAACAUACGAGUGCCGUGAAUGUGGAAAGUCUUUCAGCCGGAACUCCCACCUCAUACAACACGAAAGAAUUCACAGAGAAGAAAAACCGUACCAGUGUGAUGACUGCGACAAGUCUUUUAGCCAGAAAGCCAACCUCCAACGCCACCGGAGAACUCACACUGGAGAAAAACCGUAUCAGUGUCCUCUGUGCGGAAAGGCGUUCAGCCAAAAUAUAGACCUCCGACGCCACCAGAGGACUCACACUGGUGAAAAACCGUACCAGUGCACCGAGUGUGGAAAGGCCUUCAGUCAGUUUGCAAACCUGAGGUUUCACCAGAGGAUUCACACCGGAGAGAAACCUUACAAGUGUACCGAAUGUGGGAAGGCCUUUGAGACGGCUUCAAAGCGUAAAGCCCACCAGAAGAUUCAUUCUCGAAAGAAAAAGGGAUCGGGGAAAACGGCCUAAAGUAACACUCCUCACCAUUCAACCCAGAGGAUCAAAAUGGCCAGAAAGUGUAGAGAAAGAGUUGAGAGCUUUUGUCAAUCUUCAGACAUGCAUGUCCCCAAAGAGCCUGGUUCUUCAUCUCUUGAUGAGCACCUCCAGAUGGAUCUCAGGCAGAACUUAUUUCAACCGGAGGUUUUUAACUCUAACCUUGAGGAUCAACAGUGGCUGCAGACUCAUUGUUCCUUAAAUUGAUGUUGAUUCAUGCUGUGGACAAAAAUCUAUCAUUUAUUUUGAGCACUUUGUGACUGAUGUGCCAGUUUGUUCAUGCAGCAAAUUUUGUGCCGGCACUUUUUUAUUUUUGAGAUUGAGAUUGGAAUUGUUGCUUGGAAUCCGUGAUGUUAAACAGGAAAGAUAAUGAUACAUCAGAUAGACUUCCUUGAAGGGUAAAAAAAUAAGUUCAUGGUCGUUAGGGAUCUCAGUCAAAAGCAGUUUUUCUGGAGCGAAAGUGACUCUCCUUUGACAUAGCAUCAGGAACUUGUUAGAUAUUGUCCUGAUUUGUUUUACGUAUGUUUUUGUAAUUCAUUUCUAUCGUUAUUUUUGUGACAUCAUCUCGCUACCAUUUUUAUGUAACGUUUCUUGAUGGACGCUGCCAUGUUGUUGGCAGCAAAGUCACCCACUCACAUUAUACUGUCUAUCUGUGGAAUUAAAAGAAGUUAUGAAUA